AUGAAAGAUGGAGCUGAACAGUCAAUUAACUCAUCCACAUACCUGUGGAUGGGGGAUAUGUUAGACAGCGCAAAAUACGCCGAAAUGGAACGAAGCAUGUACUGCGGACAGAACUCUGGGGCGGGGAAUAAGGAAUACCGUGGCUACUUUUAUUUUGCGUUCUUCGAAGCCCCAGACCCAUCAAUGGAGUACAAAUUCUCCAAAGAAAAGAGCGAACGCUUUCAGAAGGAAGUAUUGGAUAAUUCCUCCUUCAAAAUGGAGGAAUCGUGCCAAAGAGAAUUCAUUGCUUGGGUCAUGGAAACUCACAACAUUAUGAUGGAGUACUUGCAUAGUGGAGUAAGCGGGGAGCAAUAUUGCGAAUUUAUACAAAAGGCCUCUAAAGCCAAGACGGAAGACUGGAUCAAGGUCACCGAGUCGGCAUCGUCACCAAACAUGAUAAUCGCUGGAUGCUGUGAGGUGCUAUACGACAUGAAACAGAGGGUGCGGGACUAUAGAAGAGCAUUCAGAGUAUCUGAACGUGGUGCCGGAUUCACCAAGAAAAAGUUCCGGUCUCUCGCACACCCGUGGACAGGCCUGGGGAAACAGGGUGACAAUGAUUUAACGAAGAGGUUUCUGGGCUGCUUGUACAUGCUGGAGAACGACCAGAGAGAGAACAUUUAUAUCAUGAAUAGCGAUUUAUUUGACCCCGAAACUAAAUUGAUACACCGCAAGGUGCGAGUAUUGGCCUCCAACCAUGAAAACAACGAGGGAAAAGAGCUGCAAAAUAGAUUAGAAAAAAUCAUGCGAAUUGCGGAAAUGGAAGAUAAUCACCACGACUUGGACGAAAACGCAAUAAGGUUUAAAAAGAUUAAAAUAAAAAGAUAA